GCACAGAGGGCUGCCUGUAUUUGGAAAUGGAGGUGGAUGUUGGAGGUGCAAAGGAGAAGCUGUGAUGUGAACUCAGAGAGGCGUGGCUGGGCGGAGGAGGGGACUCGAAUCAGACGUCACGGCUUUGGUUGAGACCCUGAGCUCCCUCUGAUAGCAACACACACACGCACACACACACACAGCACUGUGGCAGACUGACAGAGGACGGCGGGACGGAGCAGAGAGGAACCUGUUAGAGAACAACAACAACAAAGAAGAAGAAAGAAACCGAGAGAGCGAAAGGAAGGGAAGAAGAGCAGGAAGCAGGAGGGGGAAGAAAAGAGGUGCUGUGUGCUGUGUUCAAGUGAAACUGCCAACAAAAUCCCAAACAAACCCAAUCUCUGUUUUUCAGAGGAAGACGAGUCAUCACUACGACUUCCAGCCAAGAAGAGAGGGCUGAUUUUUCGUCAGCACCCGUUUUUUAUUGAAUUUUGUUCACCAGCUGGAUUUUUAGCAAGUCCUGUCUGUCAAGAAGUCAACUCAGCAAACUUAACUUACUGUAGGAAACCAUUUUGACAAGUAAACUACAAAACCUACAAAAAAAACAACCUCAACAGUCAAAAAUGGCCCCCAAGAAAAAGGCCUCUCGUCAGAAGAAACCCGCUAUGGAAACCAUCUCUCAAGUCGCCAUGGAGACCCCUCCAGUUGCACUGAAGGUGGAGAGCCACGGCGAUGGUGUGGUGGUGGUGGAGUCUGGGGUGAAGAAGAUCGAGCAGAUGGCGGCGCUGGACAUCGCCCAGCUCAACAGUCUCAACCUGCCGCUGCCACCGCCGGUCAUCAAGCCCGGAGAGAGAGGCCUCGGGCUGGGCAGCGAGCUGAUACGACCCCUGCACGGCAACGCCCUGCUGGAGGAGCUCAGCAAGAUGCGGCAGGAGAAGUUCCUGACUGACCUGGAGUUGGCCUGUAAGACAAAAACCUUUGACGUCCACAAGCUGGUCAUCUCCUCCAUCAGUCAGUACUUCAGAGAGAUCCUGGCCAAAGACCCUGGCAUGAAGCGUCUGGAGCUCCCCUCCCUCUCACCUCUGGGCCUGGCCAACGUCAUCACCUUUGCCUAUCUGGGUCGUGUCCACAUGUCCCUCUACACCAUCGGUUGCACCGCCUCUGCCGCCACCACCCUGCAGAUCCCUCAGCUCCUCAAGAUGUGCAUGGAUUUCCUGCUGGCCGAGCUCAAUGUGCAGACCUGCGUCUACAUCUGGAACAUCGCUGCCGCCUACGGCCUGCUGCCCGUGUGCGACGCCGCCCGCCGCUUCGUCCUGGAGAACUUUGUUCAGUUCGCCGACACGCCGCUGUUCACCCAGCUGACGCUGGAGCAGAUCUCUGCCUUCCUGCAGGACGACUCCCUGAUGCUGCCUUCAGAGGUCACCGCCUUCCAGCUGGCCCUGAAGUGGCUCGACUUUGACUCCUCCCGCCAGGCUCACGCCGCAGAGCUCCUGUCUCAUAUCCGUUUUGAGACGAUCCCAGCCAGCGAGCUGGUGAGUCAGAUCCAGCCGGUGCCCCGCAUGAUGAUGGACCCUCAGUGUCACCGCCUGCUGGUGGACGCCAUGAACUACCACCUGCUGCCCUACCAGCAGAACAGCCUGCAGUCCCGACGCACGCAGGUCCGCGCCGGGCAGCAGACUCUGCUCACCAUCGGGGGUCGACCAUCACUCACUGAGCGAGCUCUCAGCCGCGAGGUGCUGUGGAGGGACCCUCGUGAAGGAGGGGCCACCUGGCGUCACCUCAGCCAGCUGCCGGCAAAGAGCUUCAACCAGUGCGUGGCUGUGAUGGACGGUUUCCUGUACGUGGCCGGAGGAGAGGACCAGAACGACGCCCGCAACCAGGCCAAGCACGCCGUCAGCACCCUCAGCAGAUAUGACCCUCGCUUUAACACCUGGCUCCACCUGGCCAGCAUGCGUCAGCGCCGCACCCACUUCUCCCUGGCAGCCAGCGGCGGCCGUCUGUUCGCCAUCGGCGGCCGCAACGUGGAGGGUCUGUUGGCCACCACCGAGAGCUACCUGCCCUCCUCCAACACCUGGCAGAUGCGUACGCCGAUGGAGGUGCCCCGCUGCUGCCACUCCAGUGCCACCCUGCCCUCCGGAGACAUCCUGGUGACCGGUGGGUACAUCAACUGCGCCUACUCACGCUCUGUGGCGUGCUACAAAGUGGAGACCGACACCUGGAUUGAGAGCGCCUCCAUGGAGACACCUCGCGGCUGGCACUGCUCCGCCACCCUCGGAGGGAAGGUCUAUGUGGUGGGAGGAAGCCAGCUGGGGCCCAGCGGUGAGCGGGUGGAUGUGCUCUCUGUGGAGGUCUUCUCCCCAGAGAGCGGCUCGUGGAGCCGGGCGGCCCCUCUGCCCCUCGGUGUGAGCACCGCCGGCCUGUCCCCGCUGGCCGACAAGCUGUACCUUCUGGGAGGCUGGAAUGAGGCGGAGAAGCGCUACAAGGCAGCCGUCCAGAAGUAUGACCCAGCCACGGACAGCUGGUCCAUGGCGGAGGAUCUGCCCGAGCCCACGGUGGGAGUGUCCUGCUGUACGCUGACCCUGCCUCCCCGCCACGCAGCACGCCGGCAGCAGCACAGAAACACGCCGACCCACGAAGACCAGCAGCUGAAGAACCGGAGCAGAGAGAGCAGCAUGGCUCCUUCACAAACCAUCACAGCAUAGAAAGGCCGCGACAAGGAAGAGACUAGGAGAGAUCAGGGAUGGUUUAACCUCAGGAGAACAUCCAGAUCAUGUCAGCUCUUUUUCUGGAAGUAAUUACACCAAGAAUGAAGGAUAAAGAAGAGAAAAUAACAAAAACAAAAAUGCUCUCAGCACUGUCUAAAAUUUCAUUACUAUUAUGAUUGCGAUAAUUAAACACCAAUUAGCAACCAGAAACGGAUCAGUGAACUGAGCUGCAUGUGAUGAUUUUGCAAGAAGAAGAAAGAGCUCACAUGAUCCAAAGUGAUCUCAGGAGGUUUUAUACCGAUGGAAACAGAGAAGAGGUGGAUGAGAGCCGGGCAGGUGGAGGUAGAGAGCUGAUGGAUGGAUGGAGGAGGAGGAGGAGGAGGAGGAAGAUGAUGAAAGAUGGUAAAGAAGAAAACAGCGGCUGUUUGGGUUGAACAAAAUGUCACUGUGAAUCCACUGGCAGUUUGUGUACAAAGAUGUAUCUAGGCAGAAAGUGUGUGUGCGAUAUUCAUGUGUGAACACGUACGUGUGUGUGUGUGUGUGUGAGACAGAGAUGAGUGAAUGACAGGAGUGUGUGAGCCAGUGCUGGCAAAAACCGCAACAAAAAUCAAGAUUUCACAUCAGCAAACUUGAAAUAUUUCUCCUGGGGACAAAAGCUGGCCAACAACA